AUCUCUUCGUCUCCCUCCCAUCCUCUCCGCCGAGUCUUCUGCUGCUGCCGUCAUCGUCGUCCGUGCUUCUCCCCGUUUCCCCUCAGAUCUGCUUGCUUCCGUGUCUCUCUCUCUCUCCUCAUCAACCCUGCCCGAACAGAUCCGUGUCGGUCUAAUUCCGCGCGGUCUCGACUCGCCUGCCCAUUUCCCGUCGUGGGUUGGCGUCAAGUUCGUGCAUUUUAGCUUCCCGAUCUGUUGGGUCGAUUGCCCACUUGGGUUUUCGGGGGCGGGUUCGGUCGUAGCGACCCUGAAGUGAAGAUUAGGCUGUGUCGCGGAGGAGGUUCCUUUGAGUGCCCGCGUGCGUGCUCUGGGAAGGGACGGGAAUGGGUUAUAUCGGAGCGCAUGGAGUGGCCGCCUUGCAUAGGUACAAGUACAGCGGCGUGGACCAUUCUUACCUUGCGAAAUACGUGCUGCAGCCUUUCUGGAGCCGUUUCGUCAACUUCUUCCCGCUAUGGAUGCCGCCAAAUAUGAUUACGCUGACCGGAUUUUUGUUCCUGUUGAUCUCUGCGUUGCUUGGCUAUAUAUAUUCUCCUCAAUUGGAUUCACCUCCGCCUAGAUGGGUUCAUUUUGCACACGGAAUACUUUUAUUUCUCUACCAGACAUUUGAUGCUGUUGAUGGGAAGCAAGCUCGACGGACAAAUUCUUCUAGUCCACUUGGGGAGCUUUUUGAUCAUGGAUGUGAUGCACUUGCAUGUGCGUUUGAAGCCUUGGCUUUCGCGAGCACUGCCAUGUGUGGAAGAUACACUUUCUGGUUCUGGGUGAUUUCAGCUGUACCAUUUUAUUGUGCAACGUGGGAACACUACUUUACCAAUACUCUUAUUCUUCCAGCAAUUAAUGGACCGACCGAGGGUCUCAUGAUGAUUUACGUGAGCCAUUUUUUCACGGCUAUUGUUGGUGCUGAGUGGUGGGCCCAACAAUUUGGGAAAUCCAUCCCACUUAUUGGUUGGGUGCCUUUCCUAAGUGAAGUUCCUACCUUUAAAGCUGUGCUGUUUUUGAUGAUAGCUUUUGCUGUCAUACCCACAGUUACAUUCAAUGUCUCAAAUGUUUAUAAGGUAGUUCAGGCAAGGAAAGGAAACAUGUUGCUGGCACUAGCGAUGCUUUACCCUUUUGCCGUUCUCCUGACAGGAGUGCUCACAUGGGAUUAUUUGUCACCAUCAGAUAUAAUGGGUAGAUAUCCUCAUUUGGUUGUCAUCGGAACUGGACUUGCAUUUGGGUUCCUAGUGGGAAGGAUGAUUUUGGCCCAUUUGUGCGAUGAACCAAAAGGUUUAAAAACUAAUAUGUGCAUGUCUCUGUUGUACCUUCCUUUUGCCAUUGCCAACGUCCUGACUGCUAAACUGAAUGACGGAGUUCCUUUAGUGGAUGAGUUGUGGGUUCUCCUGGGUUUCUGUAUUUUCACAGUGGGGCUCUACCUACAUUUUGCUACAUCUGUUAUACAUGAAAUUACAACAGCCUUGGGAAUCUACUGCUUCAGGAUAACUAGGAAGGAAGCUUAGACUCAUGAUGCGGUUGGCUUUUGGUGGAUCAAGAAGUUCCGAUGAAGAGAACUGGAGGAAGUGGCUCAUGUUUUUGCCCAAUCAUGGUUGCAAAGCUGUGAGCAUGAGGGGUCUAGCUUGACGACGCAUAGCACUGUACUUUUGGAUGAUACUAUUUGGGAUUUUAGGCAUGUAAAAUAUCCUUAAACAGUGUGCUGUAUUAGCUUUUUAUCGAGAUGGCUGUUCGAGCUGAGAGAGAGGUUUUUCAGCUUUCUGAUUAAAGGGCUGACCGAUAUCUAUAAGCAAUUAUUGACUGUCGAGUACCCCUUUACUGCUAAUUCUGCCAAUUCCCCAAUUUUGUGCAACCAUUCUAUACUUUUCAAAAUACAUAUUCAAAGCAUUUAAUAUUA